AAUCGCAAAAACCUUCCACCAUGGAGCUUGACAUACUACAACCAAUAAGGCUAUCAAUUGGAAUUUUAAAACUAUUUGGAUUAUGGAGACUUGACAAUAAAUACAAUUCAUUCUACAGAAUCUACACAUAUUUUUUACACUUUAUUACAACUUUUUUGACAACAACACUAAUGUGGACGAGUGUUUUUAAAGCCAAAAAUUUCGAAGAAUUUACUGAACCUCUUUAUAUGGCACUCACAAUGUUUGGAUUAUCAGUAAAAGUGAUAAAUAUUUUGAAUCUAAACAAAUUGGUUGUAAAUUUUCUCAAACAACUCGAAGACGACCAACAUUUUCGUGUGAAAAAUCCUGAGGAAUUAAAGAUUUUGAAAAAAUCUCUCCGAAUCCUUUAUGGUGUUGUUGUUUUUUACACUAGUGCAGCUUUUGCAAUUAUUGUAUUUGGAUUUAGUGUAGCUGCUUAUGGAAAAGAGAGAGUUUUGGUUUAUCCUGCAUGGAUGCCCUUUGAUUAUCAAUGCAACUCAAAGAACUAUAUGUUGGCUUAUUUCCAUCAAUUAGUUGGAAUGGUUGUGGCAUGUUUAGCAAAUACGUCUCUCGAUAUGCUGCAAUGUUACUUACUGCACAGUGUUUCUUUAAUAUAUUUAAUAGUUGGUCAUCGACUGACAGCGCUGGGAAAGGAUUUGAACAAUUUCUCCAAUAAUUUUGAAGUGAACAAAAUUAUUUUGGAUGAUUUAAGGGAUAUAAUAAAAGUUCAUAAUUUAGCAAAAAAAUUAACAGUUGAUUGUGAACGAUUUUUAUCAAAACCGAUAUUUACUCAAAUCUUAUUGAGUGCGUUUGUACUAUGUUUUACUGGAUAUCGUUUAACAUUUAUGUCCUUUAGGGAUAAUCCUGGACGAUUUAUCAUAAUGAUGGACUAUCUUUUCGUUAUUAGCCUGCAAAUAUAUUUACCAUGUCAUUAUGGAAAUCAAGUUACUAUUGAAGCUGGUAAGCUAAGUGCAGCACUUUACACAUCAAACUGGACAUAUUUUCCAAUGAAAUCAAAGAAAAUUAUAUGUUUAUAUAUGGAACUUUUGAAGGAGCCCAUUUCUGUUAAGGCUGGUGGUUUUUUCCAGAUUGGAAUACCAACAUUUGGAAAGACUCUGAACAAUGCAUACAGUUUCUUUGCUGUUCUUAUCAGGAUGAAAAGCUAGAUAGAUGUUUACGCAGAAAUUUACUAUAGAUUAUGACAUUAUUUAUUACUAUAUAUUUUAUUAAUAUAGUAUGAUUGUA